UGUGGCAUUCUCCUACUCUGACUGGUUGCUUCCUCUGAAGUCAGUCUGACAUCUGAGUGCUUCUGCUGCCAAGUUGUCCAUCGGGUUGUGUUUUGUAGUGCAUGGUGUCUUCUGGCUCCAGUAAGAUGUUAGAGCCGUCCAGUAGAGGAGACGGUUGUGUGUCUGAGCCGCGAUCAGAGGCGGCGGUGGAGACGGAUCGCUUUGGCUUUCUUCUGGCCAAUGGAUCCGCAUCUGGGAGCGGCCCGCCCCCUGAGCUGGUCCGGCAGAGAGAGGCCAAGUGGAUCCACAUCAUCAGCCAAUGGGAUCACGUCUUGCAGAAGAAAAACAGCAAAGUCAAGGAGCAGUGCCUGAAGGGCAUCCCAGCCUCCCUGAGGGCCAAGGCCUGGCCCCUGCUGUGUGGGGCCACGCAGCUCAUGAAGGACAACACAAGCCUCUACCAGUCUCUUGAUUCCAGGCCGGCUCUGCAGAGCUGGGUGGACAUCAUAGAGCGGGACCUGGACAGACAGUUCCCCUUCCACGAGAUGUUUGUCUCAAAGGACAGCCACGGGCAGCGUGGGCUGUUCCGGGUGCUGAAGGCCUACACUCAGUACCAGCCCGACGAAGGCUACUGCCAGGCCCAAGGGCCCGUGGCAGCAGUGCUCCUGAUGAACAUGCCUGCGGAGGAGGCCUUUUGGUGCCUGGUGCAGAUCAGUGAGCAGUACCUGCCCGGGUACUACAGCCAGCUGCUGGAAGGGGUCCUGUUUGACGCGGCCAUGCUGAGCUGGGUCCUGAAGAGGGCGUGUCCACCCGCCCACAGACACCUGCAGCGCUACGGCGUGGAGCCGCUCAUGUUCGCCACUGAUUGGCUGAUGUGUCUGUUCACCCGCCACCUCCCUUUCAACACACUGCUGCGCGUCUGGGACCUCUUCUUCUGCUAUGGCGUGCGGGUUCUGUUCCAGGUGGCCGUGGUGCUGGUCCGCAGGGUGCUUGGGCGGGCCGACCAGCGGCAGGAGUGCUUAGGGCAGAUGGAGACUCUGGAGCGGCUGAGGGGCGUCAGGGAGAGCCUGGGGCUGGAGGACGACGCCAGCUUUAUGGCCGAGGUGUGCUCUGUUCCGCUCUCCAGGAGCGACCUGAAGCGACGCACCGAGAAGGAGCUGGAGACCUGGCGGAAAGACCGGCCCUCGUCCACCUUCGACCCCAGAGGCCGUUGCCAUGGCUACUGGGCGUCGAGGGAGACGUUGGGAGAGGAGCGGGACCGGAGAGGCGUCAAUCUGUCCGCUCCACUGGUCCGCUCGGCCUCCGCCCUCUCCCUGUCCCCCUCGCUCUUUCGCAAGCGAUGGGGGAAGCGAAGCGACGCAGCAAGGGUGGAGAGACAUCACUCCAUGGGCGUGCAGGGGGUGGGGAGGGAGGGCUGGCCGAACGCCAGGGCACUGAGGGUGACCAGGGUCCGAGAGGAGGAAGACGGGCAUAAAGCGCCUGGCAACCUGCAGAGUCGCAGGGAUACAGAAUCAACGCCCCCGACUGGGAGGAGACCUCCCCAAAGGGAGAAAGAACCAGGGGAGAACCAUGAUUCUGAAAGGAACACUCUCAAAGGAGAACCAGGAGAACAGGUGGGGAUCGGACACAGGACCAGGGAGGAGCAGGGAGAACAAAGUCCAGGAGGCUCAGGGACGGUGCAGGAAGUGAUUCAACAUCAUCCUGACUUAAGAGAGGGAGCUGCUGGGGGCGGAGCCACACAACGAUCAGCUGUUAACCUUCAACCAAGAACACUGAAGGACAACAACCAAACACAAGUACCAGUGGAACAGGAUCUGACGGACAACAACCAAUCACAAGUACCAGAGGAGCAGGAUCUGAAGGACAACAACCAAUCACAAGUACCAGAGGAACAGGAGCUGAGAGACAAUAACCAAUCACAAGUACCAGAGGAACAAGAGCUGACUGACAAUAACCAAUCACAAGUACCAGAGGAACAAGAGCUGAGAGACAAUAACCAAUCUCAAGUACCAGAGGAACAGGAGCUGAGAGACAAUAACCAAUCACAAGUACCAGAGGAACAAGAGCUGAGAGACAUCAAUCAAUCACAAGUACCAGAGGAACAGGAGCUGAGAGACAACAAUCAAUCACAAGUACCAGAGGAACAGAAGCUGAGAGACAACAAAUCAGAAGUUCAGGAGGAGCAAAAGUGCAACAUCAAGCCAAAUCCGAAAGAGGAAGUAUCUCAAAAGAAGCAGAGAGUGAAAACCCUUUAUGAGAUGGCAGAACAGGCAGCACUCUGUAGAAACCUGUUGGCGGGCCAGGAACAGAGGAGUGAGACAACUACCGAUACAAAUACAGACACAGAGUCACAGGCAGCAGUAGAUAACACUGAACAACAGUCAGAGGCGACACCAGGACAGGAGACAGUGACGCAUACGGACAUAGGAACUACAGAGUGGGAGUCUGUGGCACACAAAAGUACAAUAGAGUCCCCCGCAGAACAGGGCCCAGCGGGGAUGAUACAGGAAGUCAAAGAUGCAGCGGAGGGACGGACUGAAACGGAAGCGCCGACCGCCAACCUCAGUAGCACGCAGAAACAAACCAACGUGGGCUCAGACAAUGAGGAUGUUGACGGUGGAAAAAUGGUUAUUUUCAAAAGUGAAGCUUUGAAAGAGAACACGUUGUCUUUUCAAGAGGUUGGAGUACUGAUACACAAAGGUGUUCCGCAGAGUGGAGAGACGAGAGAAGGGGACUGCACCAUGACAGCGAUACUCCUGGAGACCACGGUGGUCCCUGAGGCGAGUGGAGGCACACGGGGUACGGCCGAGGCCUCAUGUUCAGAGAGAGCCUCCGCACAGGAAGACGCUUUAUGUUUCGGAAAUAAACUUCAGGACAAACCAGUUUUGGAAACAAAUGCAGAGACUGAGGAAGACAACGACAUGACAACAUGCGACCAAACAGCUUUACUAGAAGUCCAGGUCAGCCCUAGAUCACCGACUGGUGACAGAAUGUGUUAUCCACCAACAGGGGCUGCAGAACCACUCGCCACUGAAGAACCUGCUGUUCAGGCGUUUGCCAAUGAUAAAGAACCAGUAGACUCAUCGGAGGUCACCUUGACCCCCGACCCCUCCACCCAGCAGCCCUCAGGGGGCAGUGAAGACCGGGGAGCCCGGCAACGGAUCCAGGAUGCUCCCCUUUCCAUGGGGGCGGGGCCUCCAGUCAGUUUGUGCAUCCCUGUAAGCGCGCCCCUGUCAAGCCAAACCCCAACACCUUCUGGGGACUUCCGUGUGCGUAAGACCUCCCACGGCUCAAGGUUGGCACGCAGACUCUCUGAGGACAUCUUCACCGCUCUGGAGACGUCCCGGUUCAGACCCGAUCCAGACCCACAAAAAGGACCUCCAGCUCCAAGCCGGCCAGGCCUACGGCCCCCUCCGCCUGGAGCCCUUUCUGCUCUCCCUCCACCACAGGGACCCACAGGUUGGGGGACCUCCGAGGAGCCCCCCAGACGCCCAGGGUUCUUCAGCCGACUGAGAGGAGGGCGUCCCAACCGCCACAAAGACACAAAGGCCGAGAGGGCGAACACUCAAAAAAUACAGAUCCCCAAAAUCUUCCUCCAGGACUUCAGCAGCGGGGUUGGGGAGGAGCGACCCCUGCAGGAGCCAGAGGAGCAGCAGGAGCUGCUGAGCUCCAGGGGCCGCCGGAGGAGGCGCAGAGAGAGGGAGCUGAAGGAGAGAGAGGAGGAGAAGGAGAGGAGAAGAGUGGAGAAAGAGCUAAAGAAGGAAGGGAGGAAGAGGGACAGGAAAGCAGAGUGGCCCAGGGGGAAGAAGCUAACCCCGACCUCCCCGGGCAGCCUCUCAGGGGCUCAGCAUAGCUGCUCGUCUCCACACAGCGACUCAUACUUCUGAGGAACCCUCCCCUGCCCCGCGCCAUAGAAAUAAUAAAGACAUUAUUUUUUUUGUAUCCAGCGCCAAACAAUGUCUGUUUUAUUUUUGUGUGCUGUACUCUGACCAACACUUAGAUUACGCCCAGUGCUGUAAUCUAACAUCAAGUGUCUCUAGUCAAAGUUAUUUUAGUAAUGUACAAAAAUUAAAAAUUUAACAGCAUCAGUACAGUUCAAUAAAUCUUUUUGGAAUU